GCUUGCAGAUUGAGCAAUUUGGGAGCGGGAGGAGCUGAGCCUAGCAAAGCGGAGGAGAGGGGGCGCGGGAGGCUGGGCGCACGGGGCUGGCCGGCAGCGCCCCUCGCCCCCUCCCGGCCCCUGCCCGGGCCCCUGUCCCUGCCUUCAGGACUGCAUCAGACGGAACAGGACAGCUGGGGCCCGAGCAUAGCAGGAUUGGGGGGAUCGCGAAACCAGUCGAGGUUUCAGUUUGGUGUGACUGUGUCUUGAUGUUCCAGCAGAAGUCAUAAAGCAGCUGUCCCCGGAUGUGACGGCAUCCCUUUUCCCACCUCUCCCCAAACCUCCGAGGUGGGAAAGGGACUUCUGAAUUCCCUAUGGGGCUGACAGCAGAGCUGGGCCUCCCCUGCCCAUUUCCAUCACCCCCUGAGAUUAUGGUAGCUGUGAGCGAUGGUCCAGACCCGGGACCCACCUCGCUGACCCAGCUCUGCAGCCACUAGCUGGAGCCAGGUGCCCCCAGACCACGCUGCCUUCCAGGGGGCCAGGAGCUGGGGAGUGACUAUGCGGCUUGGACUGUUGGUGGUGGCCCUCAUUCUGAGCUCGAUGCAUCUUGCUGGCAGCAGCCGAGGGUUGAAGGGGAAAAGGCAGAGGCGGAUCAGCACAGAGGGAAGUCAGGCCUGUGCCAAGGGCUGUGAGCUGUGCUCGGAGGUCAAUGGUUGCCUUAAGUGCUCCCCUAAGCUCUUCAUCCUGCUGGAGAGGAACGACAUCCGGCAGGUUGGAAUCUGCCUGCCAUCCUGUCCGCCUGGAUACUAUGAUGCUCGAAACCCUGAUAUGAACAAGUGUAUCAAAUGCAAGAUUGAGAGCUGUGAGGCUUGCUUCAGCCACAAUUUUUGCACAAAGUGUAAGGAGGGUUUAUACCUUCACAAGGGCCGCUGUUACCCAGCCUGUCCUGAAGGUUCUUCAGCGGCCAACAGUACCAUGGAAUGCAGCAGUCCUGCACAAUGUGAAAUGAGUGAGUGGUCCCCAUGGGGGCCGUGCUCCAAGAAGAAGAAGCUCUGUGGUUUCCGGAGGGGUUCAGAAGAACGGACACGACUUGUGCUACAGGCUCCCUCUGGAGACCGUUCUGUCUGUCCCAGCACUAAGGAGACUAGGAGGUGUACAGUGCAAAGGAUUCCAUGUCCUGAUGGGCAGAAGAGACGGAAGAACGGGCAGGGCCGAAGGGAGAACGCCAAUGGGAAUCAGAGCAGGAGAGAAAGCAAGGACGGCCGCCCGGGCUCUCCUCGCAGGCGGAAGGGACCGCAGCCGCCGCAGCCUCGAGGGACAGAGGGCCCCCUCCCUCCCGCUGCUUAGGGCUGACGCCAGCCCUGGGCCUGGACGCUGCUAUGUAUAGGAGAGCUUUACCGGACUGGAUUCUGCUGCGGGGCGUCCUCCUCCCCGUGCACCCACGGGUGCGCCCGGGCAUGGGGACCCAGCUAGACAAGGCAGACAAUCCCACGGGCCUGUAGCGUGUCCAGCCCCGCUGGGAGAGCAGGCGGGCGUGCGUUCAGACCCCGCGGUCUGUGCAGAGAGAGUUCUGCAGGUGCCCGCAGGGAGGCCCGCCGUGCCCGCCUGUGCCCGGGGAGGCUGGGCAGACACGGGAGGGCACGCAGAGAGGCACCCACACAUGCUCCACAUGCCUCGGACUACGUGUGUGCCCACCUACAUACUGGAGCACACGCAGGAGCAGGAACAGGGAGAGCUUCCAGUCCCUGGGCACACGCAGAGGGCGGCCCCUCGGCUCCAGGCAGGAGUGGGGCUGAGAACACUCGCUUGAGAAGGUCCCUCGAAAGCCAUUAAAACUUUUCUUUUUUGAAGAACGUUCCCCAGCGGUGGGUGCUCUGUCAGCCAGGCUGAAGUGUGCGGAGGGCCGUGUUGGCGGAAAAGACAGACAGGGCUGGCUGGGCCUGAGGGCCAGGUGGAAGCCCAGGCUCCUUAGAGGCUGGCCUAGCAAAGGCUCACCUUCUCCCUCUCCUGUCCCAUGUUUCUGGAUGUAAGACUUUCUCUUGGAAGAAUCUAUGUUAAAUGUCCAUGGUAUGAUGUCAGGGGAGACCAGCCCCUGAAAACUGCUUAAAAAUUUAUUUCAAAUUAAAAAAUGAAAACUA